AUGCUCACCGACUUCCUCACCGAGGCAUUUGACGAAGACCCUGACCUAGAGCCUGUCAUACCUCACUUCAACCGCAAACAUGUCGACCAGAUGGGCGCCAUCAUAAAAGCUUUCAAUUACUACUUCUUCGUUCUGGCAGCCUUCGUUGUCCUCUACACAAUCAAGUUGGCUGUGGCUGCGCAUGUAUGUCUCAUGCUUCUUGGAUGGGCUUUCCAGGAGUAG